AUGCAGUCUACCCUCCACUGUUUCGGGGUGGGCGUGGUCUUGUUAUCACUGGCCCCGCCCUCCGUCUCGUUUUCCCGCGGUGCCAGUCACACCUCCUGUCAGGAAAUGAUUCCCGGCCACAUCCGCGCUCAGCCCCAGGACCCGCAGCACAGCCACGUCACCCUGCGCACAUCCGCCUCUUCGUACCUGCCGGGACAGUUAGUCACAGUUACUGUCCGGAGCUCUCGGGACUUCAUGGGUUUCCUGCUCCAGGCUCGUACUGUGGACAGUGCUGGUGGCAAAGCCAGAGCUGGAGUCAGGGCUGGAGUCAGGGGCGGAGCCAGAGCUGGAGUUAGAGCUGGGCACAAGUCUACGAGAGUGGGUCCGGCGCUGGUGGGUGGAUCGUGGACCGUCAUUCCCCCAGGAACCCACGCCCUGCGCUGCCUUUCAGAGGAUGACACCCUCACCCACUCUGAUAAACAGCUGAAGAGAAACCUUUCGUUUGUGUGGAGAGCUCCCGAUGCUCCGAUGGGAGACAUACGGUUCUACAUCACGGUGGUGCAGUCCUACUUUGUGUACUGGGCAGCUCUCAGAAGCCAUAGGGCAUCAAAGAAAGAAAGAAAGGAGACAGCCGGUCCUGCUACAUUCGUAGGACGCCUUACAUCAAAAAGCAGUGAAACCCAAAGCUACAAAUUUGUGGAAACAGUCACUCGUCCAGUCUUGGAGAUGAACAGCUCUGCACCUUUGGCGUCCCUUGGAGAUGACCACAUCAGCAAUCAGCCGGUCGAUGAAAGGAACAGCCAAAAGACUUCAGGAACUCUUCUAAAUGCUACCAGUGGCAGCGAGACUGAUAGCAGUGCAACUUCAGCAGGUCUGACUGAAGAAGCAGGAAGCUUCGUUACCGAGGACCCCAAAACCUCUUUGCUCUCGUCCAGCCACCUUCUUUUCACAACCUCUUUCCUCUCAGCUGAGACGACAGAGAUGGAAGUUACUACCACACUGUACCCAAACAUCACAAAGCAAAAUUUACCCCGUCCUUUUUCCCUACUACGCUCCCUUACUUCCUUCCCCCGUCUAAUGGAUGUUGAGAAGGAAAGAAAACAGAUGAAGCUGCCCGUCGUUCCUGAAACAAAAGAUGCAACGUUAAAACCUCAAACCACCACCACAUCUACACCUUCAACCAAUCACAGCUUCCACAAUACAAAUCCCCCAAGACCCAUUACCAACAAUCCAGGAGAACCAAUACAGGACCAGACUAGUUCAGUAAAGUUCGAGACCCCGAGUAGUUCAUUGCAGCCCUGGAGGAGUAGCCUAACCAAGUCCCAAAUGAGUCUAAUGGAGGUUGGAAUGGAUAGCCAAUCGUCUUCACCCAAGCCUUUUCUCCAGGUUCAAACCUCCCAAUCCAAACCCCUUCUCCAGUCUCACACUGGUACAAGUCAGAUGUUGUUCUCCUCCCAGGCACCUCAACCCAGUUCCUUUCCCCAGUCCGAAACCUCUUUACCGAACCACACUCUCCAGUCCAAACCUCCUACCCCAUGGUCCUUUCUCCAGUCCCACACAACUUCAUCCCUUACAAGUCCAUACAAGUCUGUGAGUGAUUUACCUAAACCACAGACCGUCCCAAAGCAAACCAGUCCAUCUCACCCUCCUCUUAAAACAACUGCCCCUCUGAGCAGCCAUCCCGAAGCCCUGCCCGAAACUACCCCCACUCAAACUCAGGGCUUUCCCCAGACAGAGCAGUCCCAAUCCGACACUCCACCUGAGGCUUCAAGUAUCUCUCCCCAACCAUGGUCCCAGUCCCAAUCCCCAACUGGUGCACCCCAGGCACACACCUUUGAAUGGAAGCGAACUAAAUCCUCAGUAACGCCUCGAUCUUUGAACCCUCUACUUUUCCCUCCAAGGUUUGACCCAACUGUCGCACCGGAUGAGGGUCAAGAGGUCACAAAUCAGUCUCAUGCAAAGAUCAAAACCAUGAGCCUAAUUUUUGCUGUUGUUCCCUUAACCACUUCUUCUCCUUAUUUUUCAGGGUCUACCCCCCAAUCAACUCUUCUCCCACCAUCCUCCACUUCGACUCAUAUACUGUCUCCCUCUUCAAUUAUUCAUACUAGCUCUACCACUCCUCUUUAUCCCUCUAGAGGUUCAACCUCGGUAUCAAUGCAUUCACCUUUCAGGUCAACAUUGAUCACCCGUUCUUUGUCCUCGUCCAUGAAGAACCAACCCAAAACAGCUCCUGCAGCGUCUGCUCUCCCCUCCCCUUCCCCAAUCUCCAUACCUCCUCAUUUCCCCUCUGUCCAACCUUCCCUUACUCAUCCUAUACCUUCCUCAAACUCUUCCAACCACCUAUCACCAGCUCCCUCAUUUGACCCAGUUCCAACAUCAACGCCUUCCUCAUCUCCCUUUACCUCCUCCCAGUUUGUCACAGGUUCGACCUUUUCCUCACCCUCUUCUUCCACCAUCUCCCCAACGCUAACCCUCUCCUCUUCCAUUUCCUCCCCUUCUUCCUCACCCAUCCCUACUUUUACACAAACAUCUUCCAGCUCUCCAGGUUCCUCAUCUUCCUUUGUCUCCUCUGUCACCUCCUCUUUUUCUACAUCCUCCCAGUCUACCUCCCCUCACCUUGAACCCUCCCCAGCUCCCCUCCGCUCUCUCUACAACCCCCUCAUACCGUCGUCUUCCCCUGUGCCCUCCCAGAAGCUCAUCCUAGGUCAGAGUUCGCUAAUCCAGAACCACAUUGCACCGUCUGAUCCUGAGCCCAACGUCACCCCAUCAACACAAAGAGCGGUGGUUCACCCAAACCCCGAACCCCAUCCAAAUCUUGACCCAAACACCAAACUAAAUCUUGGCCAUGACCUGAAACCAAACCUUCCGAAGACUGAUACCAAACCCAAACACCCUUCCAAUCCCUCAGGAACUCCAGACAAGGAAGGGAAAUAUCCAGACAUUAUCCCCAGACACAGUGCCUGGGAGCUGGGCAUGCUGCUGGGCUGCUCAGCUGGCUUGGGCAUGGUGCUGGUGGUCGGGGUAAGGUAUAUUUACCGUCAGGCCUGCGGCAAACAGACAGAGGUGACGCUGAACGACAGGGAGAGAGAAUAUGGCAGAGGAGAAAGAGGGCUGAUCCAUGUCCAGGAGUGUGGAGAUUUGGUCAGAGUCCGGAGAAUCAGAGAGAACAGUUUCGUGCUUCUGGCAGAGUAUGAUAUACUGGCGUCACCUGGAGACUGAAACACAGGUAACGUACACAAAUACGUGUAGGAAAGGACAGGAGGUUAAAUCAUCAUUGCAGCCUCUAGUCGUGUGCAGGUUUUUUAAGAGUUUUAAUCUUGUUUUCAUGUAUGAUCAGUUUCUUUUUUUUUUUUUUUUUCCUUCUGAGGGUUUUCAAAUAACUCACUUGUGAAAACGAAGAAAAAUGUUCCUGGCAAAAAUUUCUGCCUCAAGAGAUUUCUGAACUAGAACUAAAACUACAAUCUGCCUCCUCAUAGAGAGAAGGAACUUUACAGACAAAGGCUACCGUUUGGUGUUUUUUUGUUCUUGUUUUUUAGUCUGCUUCAGAUAGAUAGAAAAUAUUUAUAGGAUAGUGACACAAAGGUUGUAAAUCCAACUCUCUAAUUGUAUAAUUAGAUAACUUGUUGGUAUAAAUGGAUUUGUAUGUUAAUUUAGCAUACUACAUCACAAAUAUUAAACCUUUAUACUUUGUUUUUAUGUAAAUUGUCAUGCUAUAUGGAUGCACUUAAU